AUGUACGCGGUACAAUAUGCAGCACCUGCAAGACACACCCUGAGAAUCCUCCUUGACAACGCGUACAGAACAGGGAAUGCAGCAGAUUUUGACGCCCAGAAAAUCACUAACACCGUUACCUUUCUAGAAGGCGCAGCCAGAGAAAAAGGACUAGAGCAUAGGGUUUUGAAGAGUCUACUACAUACUUGGUUCUGGAGCGUGAAUAGUGGAAAGUACAGGAAAAGUCUGUCGUUGAAGACAGCCAAUACGAGGACUGAACAAAGCCAGGCUGCCAUACAGCACUUCGAAAUCACGCUGAAGAUGCUCAAUGAGAGCAUGGGAAUGUGUCUUCCUACGACUUUUACUACCAAACGCGAGUCACCAGGCAUAGACUGA